ACAACUCAACUCGAAAGUACGAAACGGUCGUGGAUCUAAAACCACAAUAGUACACGUGGCAUAAUCGUCACCGUCCCUAGAUACCACCUUCCGAUCUGAAAUAUAUCUGAUCAUUAAGAUCUCUUCAAUCAGAAAGGUCCCACAAAUCUGAGCCAUCCGAUUUUCGAUUCUUCCUCGAGCCUUCCUUUCUUCUUCUUCUUCUUCUUCUUCUUCUUCUUCUUCUCCAAGAAGAUUUUGAUCAUCUCCUUACUCUCUCGGUCUCUCCAUGUCAAGUUCUGGUGCUCCUUCUCGCAAGACUCUGAGUAAGAUCGCGACUAAUCGUCUUCAGAAAGAGCUUGUUGAAUGGCAGAUGAAUCCACCUACUGGUUUCAAACACAAGGUCACUGAUAAUCUCCAAAGAUGGAUUAUUGAAGUUAUUGGAGCUCCAGGAACUCUAUAUGCCAACGAAACAUAUCAGCUUCAAGUUGAUUUUCCAGAGCAUUAUCCUAUGGAAUCCCCACAAGUGAUUUUUCUUCAUCCAGCUCCUCUGCAUCCUCACAUUUAUAGCAAUGGGCAUAUUUGUUUAGAUAUUUUGUAUGAUUCGUGGUCUCCAGCCAUGACGGUUAGCUCUAUCUGCAUCAGCAUCCUUUCCAUGCUCUCAAGCUCGACUGAAAAGCAACGACCAACCGAUAAUGAUCGAUAUGUGAAGAAUUGUAAGAAUGGAAGAUCUCCAAAGGAGACGCGAUGGUGGUUCCACGACGAUAAAGUAUGAAACUCGUUUGACCAAAACAAAUGUUAAAUAACCAGAAACAGUGUCGAGGUUUGUUGUCUAUUUUUAAAUUUAAUCGGGUUCAAGGCUUCAAGCUGUCCCGAACCCAUCUCCAAAAUCCGUGAUGUAUAAAAACAACACAAUAAAUUACUAAUUUGAAUCUUCUA